ACAGGACUGACCGAUUUCCCGGAACACCUCACAACCGACCUUCGACCUGUUAAGAACCAGCCCCGCCACACACAAGGCUGGCAGCGCACAAAUCACCCCAACAGAAAUACCCACCAUUACAUUUCCUCUUUCUACCCAGUGGCUAUCGCUCCGGUAUGCCCACUUGCCGCAGCGAUGAGCCUGAAGAAAUUCAAAUCAGAUGUCUCGACGGCCGCUCAGAAGGCGGCCAAGGGCGGCUUCGCUGGCGUCAUAUUCGUGGGGCACGGCGAGUCUGAUGGCGAGGUCGUGAUCAAAUACCGCGACGAGGCACUACCACGAGACGUACGGAUUCAGGCGCUGGCCCAGUACGUCAGCGAGUAUCCCGACGGAAACGUGUUCAUGCUGUGGACCGACGAGCCUGACCCUCCGCAGCCCAUUGUGGCCGCCAUCGAAGUGGCUCAAGAUUAUCUGCUGGGCAUGUCUGUCUGCGAGAUGGUGUCCGAAGUGGCCACACGUGUCGAGAAGGAAAUUGCUCGUACCACCAAGGGAGGAAAUAGUGAGAGUCAGACCAGCGACAUUGAGCUCGAUGACAUAAACGUCGACGGCAACAACGAGGACGAUGACGAUGCAAGCGACUACGACGCCGCAUAUGAUGAAGACUUCUCCUCCGACGGAGAAGAGUUCGGAUUGCCAUCAUUGGCUGGUAGGCGGCACUCUCGUCAGGACUUGGAGUCCACAGAGAGCCGGAAACCCCUGCUUCGGCGCAUCAGGCGAGACCUCCGACGGGUGGAGCAGGCCGGAUUCAAAGUUGGCUUUGUCGAUGAGUUUGGCAAGACUUCCACCACAGGAAUCCUCUCUAUCUCCAUCCGUGUCGAUAAACUAGCCUUGUCCAACGAGGCCAUGGAGGCCUGGAACCUGAAGCCCGCCGAGUAUGUCGUCCUCCUUCUCCGGUUCGAGAGGCCGUACACCCCUUUGGAGCGCAUCCUGCAGCACCCCGCCUCACAUACGAAGGUGGAUCUCCGCAUCGGGAGGUGUGAUACCUAUAAACCUUCGCUCAGCCAAGCGUUGGUCGCGUUCUCAGAGUCCAACUCUGCUCUCGGAACUGCAAGCUCGAGUUUGGCAGCCCAGGGCUCGGAGCAUGGCAGUGGAAGCUUCGAGAAACUGUUCAUAUCCAACUCCCUAGAUCAAUUCCUGUGCGAGAGCUUCGUGUCUCUGCUGAAGCUCCGCGAAACCUAUGGGAUCAACUGGGAACAGGCCAACGAGUUUCUGCUGUCCAGGAUUGGCCUCGUCGCCGAAGAUGAGAGGCCGACUGAGCCUACGGAUCUUGGGAACAGCUCUCCGGACCCGGAUGCGUCACCGGAGCCGCACCCUGUUCCGAAACAAGACCACUUACUCGAAAAGGAGUCCGCAAGCGAGCGCAGCUUCCCGCUCAUCGCCAUGCAGUUCGCCAUGCACUACUUUGUCAAAUGUACGAAGUACUGCCUGCGCUGCCAUCGGCGGCUUGAGAAUGGCUUCGAGGCUCUACGCCCGUACGUCUGUUCUGACCCGCUCUGCCUGUUCCAAUACAUGGCCAUGGGGUUUGGCCCGUCCAUCGAGCACGAGAUUCUCUCCGAGCCCUAUGUUGUCGACCUUCUUGUCAGCUUCUGCUACGCCGCGAUUCAACCCUGCGGUUCCAUCUACCCUGGGGGUUCCAGCAGUGUGCUCCCCAUCCGUACCCUUCCGGUCGGGUUGCGUCUUCGGGUCCCAAAUCUGGCUAGCGAAGUAUCCGAUUUCUUGAAGGCAAAAGUGAGCGCGGAUGGCACUCAGCUUGUGUUCGAGGCAGAAGGGGCGAAAAUCUUCGGCGAGCGUGUGGCACCGAUGAAAUGGCUGGCAUUCCGGAGACCCGGACAGACCUUGACUCAGCACGCCCGUAUCCAUGAAGUGAACAGCGCCGCAAAGACGGUUCACAUCGAAGUGAUGGGCCAGUCCGCUGCCGCUUGGGGCAAAAAGGUCAAUGAUCCAAUUUAUCCAAUGUCUAGCGCGGUGCAUUCCCCAACUCCAGGCUCUGUUGGGUCGGACGUUGGCAUCGUCGAGGUAUUUCUCUACGAUACUGAUUUCGACUCCCUGGAUAACAGCAGCAAGGCCGUCGCCAUGCGCCACGCCCUGGAUACGCUUCCGCGUAUAACUGAGAUCCAAGAGUGGCUGAUCAGCCAUCCGCAUAGCAGCUUCCGCUCCAUGGAUCGCAUCUCCCCGGCGGCCGCUUCGCUCCUGCAGUGGAUUAUCUCCUCGAACCGGUCUUGUAUUUUUCAAGUCGAUCGGCCGCAGGAUCCUUCCCGGAAAGGCAAUGAAAACUUGGGAGCCGUGGGAGGCAGUAAGAACCGAGAGCACGAGCGAAUAUUGGGUAUGGACGGGUGGGUACAGUUCCGCUUUGCUCAAGGCUCGCCCGACAAGGAACUGCGAUUCAGCCGGGCGCUCCAAGAAGUGGCUGCGAGGAAAGGUCUCCGGGCCCAUCCCACCAUUUUUGCCUGGCACGGAAGCAGUCUGUCCAACUGGCAUAGCAUCGUGAGGACUGGCUUGGACUUCAAGGACAUCAGGUGCGGCCGCGCCUAUGGACACGGGGUCUAUUUUAGCCGGCAUGCCACCACGAGCAUGGGCUAUUCGGCUGCGGGAGCACAUUCCUGGCCAGGUUCAGCCCUCAGGAUCACUAGCUGCCUUAGUCUGAACGAAAUCAUCAACGCGCCAGACGAGUUUGUCAGUCGCGACCCGCAUUAUGUGGUUCCGCAACUGGACUGGCACCAAUGCCGCUAUCUGUUCGUCCAGACAGCCCCCGCAGGGGUCCAAUCUGGCGGCUGGUGGCGCAAGGUCACAAAUCACCAGACCGAUGCAGCAGAGCAGCAAGCGAGUGACCCGAAAUUCCACCAGCAAGCACCCGGAAGCGAGGUCUAUGGGCAGUCGGGAAAGAUACUGCAGAUUCCCCUGUCCGCCAUCCCGCUCCGCACUGUUGGCUCACCAGCUGCGGCGUCUCCGUCAAGCCCCUCUAAGCGAGCCGUUGAGCGCUUGGAAGAUGGUGCCGAUGAGCAUACCGAAGAAGUCGGCAUCCUGUUCACGGAUACAGACGACGAAUCUGACGCCGCCCAGGGCCCGCCGAGGAAGAAAUCCGCGUCGUGUGCCCCUAGCAUAGACACGACGUCGACUGGGCGUCUUGAGAUCGCCGGCGACGGUCCACCCACACCUUGCAGCACCAGCCGCUCCCUGACUGACUUCGAACCUGGUUCGCUCGACCUCUCCACCCUCCCUCAACUAGCUCCCCCGUCCUUUGCUACCUACGCCGCCACCAAGGCCCUCAGCUCCGAGCUCAAGCGCCUUCAGGCCGUCCAGGCCAACACCCCACUCCACGAGCUCGGCUGGUACAUGGACUUUGACGAAGUGACCAACCUCUUCCAGUGGAUCGUCCAGCUACAUACCUUCGACGAGUCCCUCCCGCUCGCCAAAGACAUGAAGAGCGCUGGAUUCACCUCCAUCGUGCUCGAGCUGCGCUUCGGGGCGGACUUCCCAUUCAGCCCGCCCUUCGUACGCGUUGUGCGCCCGCGCUUCCUGCCCUUCGGGGCCGGCGGAGGCGGCCACGUCACGGCGGGCGGCGCCAUGUGCAUGGAACUGCUGACCAGCAGCGGGUGGAGCCCCGCCAGUAGCAUGGAGAGCGUCUUGCUGCAGGUGCGCAUGGCGCUCUGCAAUCUGGAACCGCAGCCUGCGCGGCUAGACCCGGCGGUCCGGUUGGGAAAGAAAGUUGGUGAUUAUGCUGUUGGCGAGGCUAUUGAUGCGUACAUCAGAGCAGCGAACAUGCAUGGUUGGGAGGUGCCCAAGGAUUUGCGUGUCACGGCGCUUGGCGUCUGAGGUUGCGGCGUCCUUGGGAACGGUUACGGGGAACGGUUACGGGGAACGGUUACGGAGAAUGGUUACGGGGAAGUCUCUUCAUGUAAGCUUUCUACCAGCGGAUAGCAGUACGGAGCAUUCUCGGAGAUGCUCCCUUUGGGUUCACGACUCCGUGUCCCAUGAAUACAAACUUGCCUCGAGCUUGCUGUUACCAUUA